UGUGAGCCGGGGGCGUCCGGGCGCAGGGAGGAGCCCAGAGGGCCCCAGAGCCGUGGCCAGCCUGCUCCUCGCAGCCGCGUGACCCGGAGCCCAGCCUGGCCUCUCGAGGCUCAGCCGUGUGCACCGGAGAUGGACGCGGGCCCAGGGCGCGUCCUGGCUCAGCUCUCACCGAAGGCCAUUCCUAGGCGCGACGCGAGCCCCGGGGCAGGUUCAGCUUGAGGGCACUUGUGCUGUGCAGCUGGCUACACGAGGGAGGGAGCACUUGAAGUGCUGGGGUCGGGAAGGCUUCACAAAUGACACAUUCCAGCUGGGCUUUGUGGGAUGGAUAGGAGUUUUCCAAUCUAAGGGCAAGGGCAGUCCAGCUGGAUGCUUCACACCUGUAACCCAGCACUCUCGGAGGCUGAAACAGGAGGAUCAAAAGUCCAGGCCCACGCUGGGCAACUUAGUACUUCAGCAAAACUGUGCUCACAGUAAAUGGAAAGAGCCAGGGGUGGGGCUCCGCGGAGUGACCCGAGAUGCGCAGCCGGUGGGGGGCCGCACAGGAAGCCGCAUGGCGCGGCUGGGAAACGGGGUGGUUUGUGCGGCCACGCCCGGUGGGUGAGGGGCCCGGGAGAGGCUGAGAGUUCUCCAGGCUGCGGCCACACUGCCGAGGGGCUCUGGGGCUUAGGGAAGCUGCCAGGAGCCCCGUGUCCGCAGCCGCACGGCCCGGGCGCCUUGGUCAAGAAGGGAGAUCAGCGUACAGUGGGACAGGACCCUGGGCUGAGAGGUCACGCGACUUCCUUGGGGUCACACAGCUCCGUGAGCCGAGGUCCAGCCCACAGCCCAGGCCCCCCACAGUGGACGCGCACAGAGAGCGGCUCGGGACCCACGACUCUACGCUCUUACAGAUGUGCGGCCAGAUGUGUUUCUCCGACGGCCACGCAGUGGGGUCUGAGGGCCCACUCCCUGCUGCCGCGGUGUCCCCGCCAGAGCCUCGGAAGGGGCUCUGUCUUGCCUGGGAGGUCGCAGGUGCCGUCUGUGGGCGCCCGCGACACUGUGGGCGUCACACAGGUGGAGCCGCGAGGGGCUGAGGGUCUCACACCUCCGCACCCGCACCAGCCGUGGUUCUCAGGGCCCCGAGCCUGGGACGAAGAGGAUGGGAGGCUUGGGCCCCAGGUCCAGCCGAGCAGGAGGACGGAAGCACGUGAUUCGGUGUCUAUGAAAACGUGCCGUGUUCCCUCGAAAAUGAGACCUAACCGGAAAAGAAGCCUGGCCGUUACCAUGGUGACAGCCAGCAUCCUGCGGCAGAGUCCAGCUCCUGGAGCCUUAACUCAGUGGCUGUUCUGUGGGCAGAUAAGGCCAAGUGACAGUUUUGAUCUCUAGUUUUCAAAGCUGAUUAUUUCCCAGGGUCUCACUGAGUUUGUACCAGGAAAGCCAGCGUGACAGGCUUCUCCAGGAGAACCAGCAGCACCGUCUUCCCUGCUGGGCCAGGCAGCCGUGUACCCUGGGGACCCGACCUGGGGGCCCUGUGGACAGAGCCCUUCUACCGUGCUGUGGAGCUGAGACCCGGACUCGGACGUGCACCUGAGCAACCUGCCAGGAGUGCAGGGUGGAAAUGACUGAACUGAGACAGGACACAAGCCAGUGCUGGGUAGUCUCGAGCAGGAAAGGGUGGCCCCCUCCCGCUCUAGCCCACAACAGGGUUCCAUGACCAUUUAAACUUCCUAGGCCUGGGGAA